CCUGACUUCCCUGCAUCAUCAAUCCCGUCCAGAGUGCUGCUUCAUCUCUUCUCACAUAUCUGUGGCUACAUCCUGAUCGGUAUUGUUCAUAUUCAUGGAGUAAUCAUCUUCCUUUGCCCGUCAUUCAGCUCCAGGAUGAGAACGGGCCGUAGUUAGCAUCAUGACCGCCACCAGAUCCUCGACGCAGAUCCAGAUUUUCCCGGGGAAAGGACUGGGGUUUAUAACCCUCGGUGCAUCUCUCCAUAAUGUCCUCAGCCGCGUCAAGUCCCAUCCCCAGACCUACCCCGCAAUCGACAUAGCGUACUCCCCGUCGGAUCCCAUUCAGAAGCCCGUAACGCUGCAGCUGCCGUCCAACGGUCUCCGUCUGCGGUUUGACGGUCCGGAUCAACGGCUGCGCCUGAUCGAAGUGCUGGACUUUUCGAAGAUCACCCUUGUCUAUAAGAGUCAAGAGGUGCUGAAAGGGGUCAAGCCCCAGGAACAGCCGGUGUCGCAGCAAGGACCCAGUUUCCGACAUGUCUACAAUCGUCUGUUCGGUCCCUCAUACCCUGGCGAAUACGUUCCUCCUACUACCCAGUCGCCCUAUGGCACAUACGUGCUCUCGUACCCCGGGGUUUCGGUUUCAUUCCCUCUCCAGCAUUCCGCCUGGUCCGACCAGUGCGACUUUGUAGCGUUGCUGUCCUCGUCCGCAGCGUUGCCGGCAACUUCGAUGGCUAUAUUCCAGGGCGCCUCGUGGCCUGAAGCUCGGAACAAGCUGUUUACUCAGCAGCCGCAGUAUCCUCGCUUUCCUGCAUUGGCCGGGAAGAGUAGAGAUGCGGUGCCGGACGAGGUGGAGGAAUUCAUCAUUCUAGGUGCGGGCAAACUGGAAGCCGUCCGUCGGUCGACGCCGUCUACCUCUAUCAGCCUGGCCGAAACCACUCCGCAGGACCUCAUUGCGGAGUUUGGCCCGCCAGAUGCCAUAUACCGUAAAAAUGAUCGACGAAUUUCCAUCCAUCGUGCCGCUGGCGGUAGCAGUGGCGAUGAUCCUCUGCGCAUGAGCCCUUCUGCAGGUAGAGGAAUCGAUGUCACGGACACCGAUCAUUCCUCCAACAGUGGUACUGACGACUCCGAUGACGAGUUCUCCCAAAUCCACAACCUGGACCCUCUAUCACUUCCCACGGAAUGUUUUUUCAACUACUUCCAUCAUGGCUUCGAUGCUUUUAUCUCGUAUCCUACUACUCCCGGGCCUGCGUUUCCCGGGUCCGCUCUUGCGGAUCCAUCUCCCCCGUCCCCAUCAUCUAAUCUGGUCGUGACCAAAAUCAUCUUGCACGGCAAUGUGCCCGGGUCGUAUCCUUUCAACCGCCACCGGCGCAGUCGCUGGAAGGUCGACUUAACUCCCUCCAAUCAAGUCAUCACCUCCGAAACCCGCUACGACGAAAUCUCCGAGCGACUCCGCGGUGUUUGGAAAGGCUAUUAUGCCAGCGCUGCGGAGGAGCGAGCUUUGCAAAGGCCCAUGGUGCUGAACCGCGGCUGGGGCGACAGUCCUGAGAGUAGCGUGGAGUUUCUGGGCGGGUGGGAAGAGAGUACAGGCAAGGGUCAGCGAACCGGCCACGAUAACCAUGACGGGGGACUGGGUAAUACGGAGUUAUUUGGGUUUCCGGGUCUGCUUUUCGAGGUUCUGAAGAACGGGGCCUCUCUGACUGUAAGUUACGCGGUAUUCCCUUACCAGGCCACGUGCCAAGACACCGCCAAUUCCCCGGCGGAACGUGUAACGAUAUGCUUCAGCGGUAGUAUGCCGGAACUGCCGCGGUCGCUCACUCGGUCCUGGUCGUCGACGCUCAAGCUCCCCAAGUCGACUUUCCCCGCUCGCGUGACGCCGGCCGAUCAGUCGAAAUACCUGCGCCGAUGCACCGACGACCUCUACGCCUGGCAGCGCCGUGAGAGGCCUGCCGACCGUCCCUUCGUGCUGCACGACGGCCCGCCCUAUGCGAAUGGUGACCUCCACGUCGGCCAUGCCCUCAAUAAGAUCCUGAAAGACAUCAUCUGUCGCGUGCAGCUGGGCCUGGGCAAGGGAGUCCGAUACGUUCCCGGGUGGGAUUGUCAUGGGUUGCCGAUCGAAUUGAAGGCGCUGGAGGCGCAGAAAGAGUCAGGGAAAGAGAGUGGACCGGUCACUGCCGCCGUCAUUCGAAAGGCGGCGCGGAAGCUGGCGGGCAAGGCUGUGAAGGAUCAGAUGAAAGGGUUCCGCGGGUUUGCGGUCAUGGGAGAUUGGGAGAACCAUUGGAAGACGAUGGAUAAGGCGUUUGAGAAGAGACAACUGGGAAUCUUUCGCGAGAUGGUUGAGAAAGGCUUGAUUUACCGACGAUUCAAGCCUGUGUAUUGGUCGCCGUCUACCGGGACGGCACUUGCAGAGGCGGAGUUGGAGUAUAAGGAGGAUCAUACCUCUACUGCUGCUUUGGUCAAAUUCCCCUUGGUUUCCAUCCCGCCGCAUCUCGCUCAGAACCCUCUGCUGCAGGUCAAGGACCUCAGCGCUGUGAUUUGGACUACUACUCCUUGGACUCUGCCUGCCAACGCUGUCAUCGCGGUUCAUCCGGAUCUCGAGUACACCAUUGUUCAGUCGGAAACGCACGGCCAUCUUCUCAUCGCGCAAUCUCGGAUCGAAUAUCUUCAAAACAUUCUGAAAGAGGAUCUGUCUGUCAUCGUCCCGGCUAUUCAUGGCUCGGAGCUGGCCGAUCGCACUACGUACCGACCUUUGUUCAAGGGCCCGGAUGCAGACGCGCAGCCGAUCAUCACCGCGGACUUUGUCACUGCCGACUCGGGUUCGGGUCUGGUGCACUGCGCCCCCGGACAUGGAAUGGAUGAUUACGAAGCCUGUGUCUCGCGUGGCAUCCCUGCGUUCGCCCCUGUGGACGACCAGGGCAGAUUCACUGACCAAGCAAUGCCUAGCGACCCUGAGAGGCUGAGCGGAAAGAGCGUCUUGAAUGAAGGCAAUACCGCAGCCCUGGAAUAUGUUCAAUCCGAAGGUCAUUUAAUUGCUAAGCACCAAUACGAGCACAAAUACCCCUACGACUGGCGAUCGAAACUCCCCAUUAUCAUCCGGGCUACCGAACAGUGGUUUGCCGAUGUGGCUGACAUCCGCGGCAGCGCCGUCAAGGCCCUGGAUGAUGUCAACUUCGUGCCCUCCUCUGGCCGACAGCGGUUGGAAAACUUUGUCAAAAACCGGAGUGAGUGGUGUAUCUCGCGUCAGCGUGCUUGGGGUGUGCCUAUUCCUGCGCUGUACCAUCAAGGCACGGGCGAGGCGGUCCUCACCAAGGACACCGUCUCCCAUAUCAUGGCCGUGAUCGAGCAGCGAGGGGUGGACGCCUGGUGGACCGACGAUGCGGACGAUUUGGCUUGGAUCCCCCCGGCCUUGCAAGAUGCAUCUGGGCCCGGCUAUCGUCGCGGAACCGACACGAUGGAUGUCUGGUUCGACAGCGGUACCAGCUGGGCGGAGAUCGAAACGCCUUACAGCAACGGAUACCCCUCGGACGUCUACCUGGAAGGCAGUGACCAACACCGGGGAUGGUUUCAAUCCGGCCUGCUCACGUUCAUCGCGCACCAACUUGCUUCCGGGAAGUCUGAUGACGCCCCUCGUGCACCGUUCAAGCAUCUCAUUACUCACGGAUUCACGCUCGACGAAGAAGGCCGCAAGAUGAGUAAAUCCAUCGGCAAUGUCAUCGACCCGCAGUCAAUUAUGGACGGAACGCUUUUGCCGCCCCUCAAGCCGAAGAAAGGCAAGGGCAACAAGCAGGCCGAAAGCAAGGGGCCGGUCUACGAUGCGCUGGGCCCGGACGCCCUCCGCAUGUGGGUGGCUAGCAGCGACUACACGCGGGACGUGGUUAUUGGGAAACAGGUUCUUCAGACGGUCAACACCAGCCUGCACAAGUACCGUGUGACGUUUAAGCUUCUGCUGGGCGCGCUCUCGGAUUUCCGCCUCGACGACCGUCUUCCCUAUGACCAGCUGCAGCAUGUCGACCGCAUCGCGCUGAUGCAUCUGUCUCAGACGGUCCUCGCUUGCCAAAAGGCCUGCGAGAAUUUCGAAUUCUACAAGGCCGUGAAUGCCGUUAACCGAUGGGCCAACCAGGAGUUCUCCGCUUUCUACAUGGAGGCUAUCAAGGACCGCCUGUACACCCACGGCGAAAACAGCCCCAGCCGACGUGCAGCGCAGACCACGCUGUUCCACAUCUACCACCACCUCCAAGAGAUCCUGGCUCCGAUCACCCCCAUGCUUGUGGAGGAGACUUGGGAGCACACGCCGGACGCCAUCAAGACGCACUGCGAGCAUCCUCUGCGGCGCGUCGUGGCCGCUCCCGAGUCGGAAUGGCAAAAUCCCACGCUCGAGGCCGACUACCAGGACCUCGUCGCGGUGCACGGCGCCAUCAAAACCGCCCAGGAAACUGCGCGCGCCAAGAAGGAAAUGGGAUCCUCGUUGCAGUCAUUCGUCCACAUCGUGCUCCCCGAGGGUGUCAGUGAUUCUGUGUUCCAGCGGAAUCAGGCUGAGCUGCCGGACCAGUUCGUGGUAUCAGCCGUGACCCUGGGAGCUCCUGGGGAGUCCAUACUACCGGCCAUCGCCGAUGCGCAAUGGCACUACAGCGAGGAGUACCAGCUCCUUGGAGGACAGAAGGGCACCGUCCAUGUCUUCACCCCGCAGGCAGGGAAGUGUCCCCGAUGCUGGCGCUACGUCGUCCCCGAACCGGCGGAAGAGACGGUGUGUGAUCGCUGCGACGAUGUCGUUCAGCAACUGGACGCCGCGAAAUCCUCCUAAACCCGUUCGCAUAUCAUGUAAUAUAGUGUAUCAUCCAUAGAAUUAUUUAGGUAUCCAGUAAAUAAGAGCCACUCCACCGAUC